AUGGCCCACGAGCCCUCGCGCGCGCCCGCCGUCCUCGCCGUCUCUGCCGCAACCCUUGCCUGCUGCUCCGUCUUCGUCUUCUUCCGCCUCGUCUCGCGCUUCGCCGUCGUGAAGAAGCCGGGGUGGGACGACUACACCAUCAUACUCGCCUGGCUUCUGGCCUUUGGCACCUCCUUCUCCAUCUGCUGGGGCACCACAAAGGGCUUCGGCAGGCACCAGGACACCAUCCCAGAACAUGACCUCACUCCCAUGAACAAGGCCGCCUAUGCCUUUUCCAACCCGGCAUUGAUGGCCACCAAGUCCUCCAUCCUCGUAUUCUACCUCACCCUGUCCAAAACCAACAAGGUCUUCCGAUGGGCCACCAUUGCGACUCUCGUCGUGGUCAACGUCGGCGGCCUGGCGUUGACCCUCUUGAACAUCUUCCAAUGCGACCCCGUAUCGGCAGCUUUUUAUACCCCGCUCGAACCGCCUCACACGUGCAUCAACAUCGUCACUAUAUACCUGUCCUCGGCACCGCUCAACAUCGUCACUGAUCUGGCCAUCUUUUUCCUGCCCAUGCCUCUCUUGACUGGCAUGCGGCUACCGAGGAAGCAGAAGAUCAUCCUGGUCAUCACUUUUGGCUUCGGCAUCUUCGUCGCCGUCGUCGACGUGGUCCGCAUCUACUAUCUACAAGAUGCGCAAAGAAAUAACCUCCGUGCCAAAGAGGCCGGUAUGGGAGGAGCCGACACGAUGGAUCUUCGCAAUGAAAGCGACUUCUCAUGGUAUGCUGCAUUCUCGUCCAUGUGGAGCGCCGUCGAGAUCAAUACCGGAAUCAUGUGCGCCUGUGUGCCGGCACUGAAGCCUCUGGUUAAACGCUUCCUCCCAAAAUGGGUGCUCGAUCAAACCGUAGUCGACAAGUCGACUAGCAGAACGAGCGACAGCAUGAUCAUUCCCACGAAUAUCACAGCCGCAACCAGGCGAUCGUAUUUACCAAGUCCUCCGGUGUCGCCUACCACUACGAAGCCACCCCCAGCGCUCGCCGGCGCCAAUGAGCCCAUAGGCAUGAUGGACUUUUUGACCACCCCGGACAUGAAUGAAAUGCCGGAAAUGUAUCGCAACGAGACUUUGGUCACCUACGCGACGACUACUCGCGCUCGCAGAGGCUCCGCUGCCUACUUCGACUUUGUAGACAUGCAAAAGAAGAAGAACAUCACAUUGAGGACCAAUGGUGAGGCUGUGUAUCCCGUGGCCAUGGUCACCACCCUGUUCUUUAUCUGGGGAUUCGCAUACGGCCUCCUAGAUACACUAAACUCGCAAUUCCAGGUGGUGGCCAAGAUGAGUGAUGGUCAAACCGUGGGUCAACAUAGCGCCUACUACUUCGGCUACAUCGUCGCUCCUUUUACCUUCGGCAGGCUUGUUUUCCGUCACUGGGGCUUCAAGGCUUGUUACAUCGUUGGAUUGAUGGUGUACGCUUGUGGCACGUUGGUCUUCUGGCCCUCUGCAGUGCUCACAUCUUUCCCGGCCUUCCUUAUAUCCAACUUCAUCGUCGGUAUGGGCCUGGCAACUCUGGAGCUCAGCGCCAACCCCUUCAUUGCGCUCUGCGGUCCGCCUGAAUACGCAGAAGCAAGACUCAGCAUGUCGCAAGGCAUACAAGCCAUCGGCACAAUCGUCUCCCCGCUCCUCGCCAAGAAAGUGCUGUUCAAGGCCUCGGCCGACAGCUUGAUUGAUGUGCAAUGGGCUUAUCUCGGCAUCUCCUUCUUCACCAUUCUCCUCGCCAUCGUUUUCUUCUAUGUCCCACUGCCGGAGGCCACAGACGAGGAGUUGGAGAACGCAACGGCUAGGAUGCCAAUUCCUUGUGAUGCUACCGUUGGAUCUACCAACGUGCGUGUUGUCUGGGUUUCCCUCGCCCUAGGUGUUUCCGCCAUGUUCUGCUACGUUGGUGGCCAGGAAAGCACAUCAACUUCAUUCGCCGAAUACCUGACCCGUGUUACUCCAUCGCUGGAUACUGUCAAUUUCCAGGCCAUUGACCACACCGGCUUCGCUGUCUCGCGUCUCCUUGCAGCCUUCUUAUGUAUUUGGAUCAAACCACGCUUCUUACUCGCCUUCUUCUUUGCCGGCGCAAUCGCUUUUGCAGCGGCUGCUACGUCUGGCGACACAGGGGGUACAUGGGCCACGAUUAUUGUUAUAGGCAAAUUCUUCGAAGGCCCCCUCUUCCCACUCAUCUACGCUCAGUCGCUCCGCGGUCUAGGCAAACACACAAAAGACGCAGCGGUUCUACUUACGGCGGCUAUCGGUGGCGGAGCGGUUUGGCCACCCAUCAUGUACACUGUGGUCAAGGCAAGGAACGUGCAGUAUGCGUACUGCGUUGUCAUUGCGGCGUAUGCUGUUGGUGCACUCUUCCCAAUCUGGCUCAACGGCCCCUCGUCCGCAGCCCAUACGCUAGCAGACCCCGUUCGCGACGAGCAGUCAAGAAGAGAAUCAGAGGUCGAGCAACAGCGACGGGAAAGCAUGGGCAUGAGUGAGAAGCACAAGAGGUGGAGCAGGUUCAAGAGCCGGUGGAGCAAAGAGAAAGAGCAGCUUCCGAGUGUCGAGCACAGGGAGCGCGGGAGCUGGCCGGACGGAAUUGUGCCGCCAUCGAUACAGGCGUUCAGACAGGAGAACUUUCAACGACACGACAGUUCGCAUAUCGUGACGCCGGUGUUCGUCAGUUCGAGAAACUCGACCUCGAGUGAUGGUGAGACUGAGGGGAUGACGAGCGAAAAAGCGAGCCCCGCAAAGACCCGACCACGACGGGACACCUCGCAGGUCAGAAGUCCUAUACCUCAAAGCGAGUCGAGCUCAGCAUCUAGCUCAACAGUUAGCUCGGCCUCCAGCUCCCCCAAACCGUCGACCUCGAACGGGGUCGUUCCUCCGCGGGCUGAAGUAUUAAACCUACCUGACGCGAUAUACGCCAGCCCAACCCGCGCUCUGGAUGAUCCGUCUAUAGGAUGGGCUGGUUAA